AUGGAGACAGCAACCUAUGAGUAUCCGGUGGCACUGGGGCUCGCAUACAUUCUGCUAGCUGGGUGCGUCAUCCGGGCAAUCUUCGUGUGCUUCGGAUUGCCGGCCUCCGUAGGUGUAAUGCUAAGUGGAUUCAUUUUUCAACACUUCUUCCAGAACGAUCUCUUCUUCGCCCGGGACGAGCUGCAAGGGCUCUCCUUCUUCCUUGUGCUUCUCAUCGCUGGCCUGGAGAUUCGGUCUAAAGACCUGCAAGGUCACAUCUUUGUGAUGGCCCUACUUCCUGCAAGUUUCGAGCUGCUCGGGAUCGCGGUGUAUGCCCACUACGUGCUGGAGUACACGCCAGUCGAGGGGAUGGUGCUGGGCAGCGUCCUUGUUGCCAUGGGUGAUGGGCUGGUAAUUCCCAAAAUGAAGGAGUUCUCCCAAACCUUCUCGGAUCAUCCGCUGCCACGGUUGGUGUUUGCAUGGGCCCCAUUGGAGGCAUCCUUUGCGCUGACCGCCUUCGGAGUUCUCACAGGCCUGGCGUCGCCGGCCCACCAGGCACCGACCCCCCUUGGAACCAUCCUCCUUGCAAACCUUCUGCGCUUGGCUGCGACGCUGGUGCUGGGCUUCGUACUAGGAUGCGUGAGUUCCUGGUUCAUCGCCAGCAGGCAGAAGCCCAUCUUGCAAAGGCUCUUCCACGAUCCAGACACUGAAGGUGGCAAGACGGAAGGCUUCCUUAUCCUCAUCUCCGUGGCGCUCAUUGCUUUGUCUCUGGGCAAGGGCGAGUCGGGGAGCGAAGUGGUUCCGAUGGGGUUCUGCCCAGGCUCCAUGUUUCAGUCUGAGCUGCUCGUCAUCAUUACGGCUUCGGUCUUUGCCAAUCGGUGCUGCGACGCGUACCAGAGCCCGAAGAUCGUGUCAGACAUCAAUACCGUUGUUGGCCAAGUCUGGGUGUUUGGACAGGUGUUUCUGUUCAGCAUGUUGGGCAGCAAGAUGACGCUGGACAUUCUACCCGAGCUAAAGAGCUUGGGCCCUGUUAUGGUAUGUGGUCUGCUCGCCCGGGUGGUGGGUGUCACUGCCGGUGUUCUUCUAACGAUGAGAAGCCGCGGGAGGACAUGCAACCAAGUUCCUGCGGACAUUGGCUUUUGCUUCCUAUGCACACUGCCUCGUGCAACCAUCCAGGGUGCUUUGGGCGCAGAGCCGCUGAAGCAGCAUUUCUUUCACAUCGGGUACGGCAACAACAGCGUCGUCACAAAUUUCACCUUUACGGCCGCGAGGUUGUAUGUACUUUGCUAUUCCGUUAUCGGGAUGAUACUCUUGAAUAGCUUUGGGCCAAUGCUGCUUCGAAGCACCGAGAAGGAAGAAACACAGCGGCGGCUGGAUUCUACAGACUCGGAAGCUGCUUCUGAGAGCGCGCUUCUGGCGGAAUCACCAUCUGCUGAGGACGAACUCUCGCAGCAAGGCUCUUCCACACCACAGCUGGAGAAGGUGGCGUCUCGCUCGGCCAGCUCGGUGGCAUCAGGGGAGUCGCACUGGCAGGACCAGGGAGGCAUGUUGCACACUUUCGAGUCCAAGAAUUCAACAUGGCGCCCAUCCUGCGAAGUCCUCAAAGGGUACAAGACAACCUGCCGCGCAACAGCUUCAAAGCAACGCCCGCCUGGGCUCCUGGCAGAAAAAGUGUUCAAGCCCGAGCACAUACAUUUCAAGGUGCCGGAGAGGUCGACGAUGCAGCGGCUUUUGCGGCCACGUGGACGGCACGCCGAAGGAAGGCUGCACACGGUCAAGACCCCGCAAGGCGAGAUUCCUCUGGUCCUGUCCUCAAACAUGAAGCCAGGACAGGAAGAGACUUAUCACUUUGGCCCUGAUCCCGACUUCUUGAUCCGGGCAGACCCUGCACCCCAUGAAAGGCCAAUGACCUUUCAGCUGAGAACAGCGGGAAAGCUGCAAACCAUCAAGGUGAUUUUUCCGCCCCGAGUUCGGGAAGUGGAGAUCGUUCCAGAUGCUGUGAUGGUGAAGGUGCCAGAUGGUGCCAAGCCGGGAGCUGCGCUGGUCCUCAAGCAUCCUAAUGACAACUUGUGGCUGCGGACCCAAGUUCCUCAGAAGGUCCCAGCGACUGGCUUCGUGGCCGUGGCGCUGCCAUCGCUGCGAUACCAGCCGAAGUCUGAAGAAGGCUUCAACUGUGGAAUCGGUGACCUCUGCCGAGAGAUAUGCACAGAGCUUGAUGAGGCACUGGAAGUCUUUGCAAGUUUCUUGCCCUUCCAAGAAGACACUGGAGCUGAUGGCAUGCCAAGGGCCUAA